AGAAGAAGAAGAAGGAGAAGAAUCUCGUGCGGUCUGAGCACGAGCACGUCCUCUCUUCUUGUGUUAGUGAUCUGAAUGAUAUUCUGUCCUUCCUAUGUUACUUAACCUCGAACCAUGAAAUCCGACAUAUCAAGUGAAGGGCUUUCAUCUAUCUCUUGCCGAUUAGUGGUGGGCUACGUAGCUCCCUUUCUCCUGGUACCGGUGCUGUUGCUCGGCAAAGCAGAGCAUGCUGCAAGAAGCUGCGUGUAUUGCAUAGUGGUGAUGAAUAUAUACUGGGCGUCGCACAUCGUUCCUUGUCAGGCUGUACCUCUGCUACCCCUGGUUCUUCUCGCCGUUCUCGGUGUCAUGUCUGUUGACGACAUGGCUUCCAGCUAUCUAUCGGCACCGGUGUAUCUGGAGUUCCUGAAUUACUUCUUCGCGUGCGUUCUGCACUGUUCGACGACAUUCUACACUCGUGCCGCGUUCCUCUUGCUGAACCAUUUCGGAGCUCGCAUACGGUCGCUCAUAUUCAGUUUCCUCGUUUGUACGGCCCUGCUGACGCAAGUCCUGGAGGCCAGUCUCACUGUCAUUGUCGUGCUCCUCACACUCAACAGCGCUGUUCAGGAGAUCCAAGACGACGUCAUACGGAAGCAACAUUCCAGAGCAGAAAGGCUCAAAAGACGAUCUCGUGCCUUCUCAGCAAGCACCCAUACGCAGGAAGGCAACCGCAAAGAUCCUACCAGAAGUCGAACGGCGUCAGAAUUGGGACUGGCCUCUCCAACGUCGUCACCAACUGUAAGGUCCGAUGUUUCGUUCUCAGAGGAUACCUCUUCGUCGGUGCUACACGGGAAAGCACCACCAAAGGAAAACUACUUGCGUUGUGAUAGUCCCGUCAGAACCAGCGAGCGUGUCCCUUUCAUCUCGGAACCCAAGGCAGGACCUGUGUUUCCCAGCGCUGCGAAAGUGUCGAAACGGUCAAACGCGAAAGGGAAAGAUGACAGGAAUUGGCUUCUCACAAUGCGUCAAGACGUUACUGCCGUACGAAAGGAUGAUCCCAGAAACGCUAAAGGAACAGGAAAAGAGAUAAAUGGAGUGUCUGUGCCAGAAGACGUGGAGGAUCUGACCUCGACAAUUGGGGUGAUGAAGGCAAGAAGGAAAACGAAUGGAACAAGCGCCACAACUGCUCCAGUUGACGCGGUUGUGAAGGUCUCAGGAAAACCUCGCCAUGUCGAGGAGCCUACCGGGUUAGCUCCGGAACACUUGUGGAACCAGGUUGGAAACAUGAGCUCUACAACAUCUGUUCCUGAUUCUGCCUUCUCAGAUCCACGCUCUGGAACGACAUUCCAGGACAAGGGCGAAGCCAAUCCAAGGCUAUCUUUCAGGAAGGCAACCACGGUCGACGAGUACCCUUCCGAAGAUACAGGCGCUACGCCAAAGCCUGUCUCCGCACGUCUCCUCUGGCGGACUAGUGUCGUCAUCAGCAGCAUCAGGAACUUUCUCAUGCGAAGACUUUCCACUGCCUCACUAAUAGACUCUGCGGCUCUUGAAGAACGCAUCGAUUGGGAGAAAGGUCGGUACUCUAGGCUCCAGAAGGACGUCAUGUUAGGAGUUGCCCUGACAGCAAGUGUUGGAUCCGUGACGAACCUCCGAGGGAACCAGUGCAGCUUAUUUCUCGACAGGUACAUCGAAGCGCGCUACGAACACAAGGCACUGUCGGCCAUCAAGUGGUUCUUCCUUACGGCACCCAUUGCUCUGCUCGGACUGUCCUUUGGUUGGGCCGUCCUAAUGACGGGUUACCUGAGGCGAUAUGACGUUGACGAGGACGAAGACACCAGGUACGCUAUCAUCCAAGUGUUGAAGAACAGACGGAAGAGCAUGGGUGUCUUCAAGACAAGAGAGUGCGCUACAAUGGCUAUUCCGACCUUAUGGCUGAUCUACAGAACCGUCUACGGACUACGUCACGUCACAUCGCAAAACAUCAUGUUUUCUCCAGCUGAUACCAUUGUCGGCAACACGCUGUGCAUCCUGCUCUUCGUCCUUCCUGCCCACCCCUGGAACUUCACAUCGGAGAGACUGGCAAACUGGAAUUCCAUUGUUGGGAACAUACCCUGGGGAGUGUUACUUGUGUACGGAAGCACCACUUGCAUGGCACGAGCUUUCGAGGUGUCUGGGCUAUCGGCUGACUUAAGUCGUUUAACCUUGGAUAUGGUUGGCAUUAGCCCCGCCAUCAAUCAAGUCGUUUUGAUAUUGGUUGCGUCUGUGUUGGCGGAACUGAUCAGUAGCAGUGCAACGGCAAGCAUUCUAAUACCCAUGUCAGUUGACUUGGCCGAACGGUCCAACGUUCACCCCCUCUACUUCGCGGUACCGGUGACCGUUGCGUCCAGCAUCUCCUUGAUGAUGCCUGCGUCCAACUUGGCUAUUACAGUUGCUGCUUCGUACGCCGACAUACGCACGGAGGAUUUGUUUUUCGCUGGACUUUCUAUCAAAUGCUUCACCUUAUUGGCCCUCCUGCUCACGAUAAAUGCUUUUGGAAACUAUAUUAUGAACUUCUCAGAUAUUCCGGAGGAAUUUGCAAGGCCUAGCAGAGCCUCUGCCGGCGUUUCAGACUGAUGACGCCACAACAAUAUGCUGCUUAUUCAUGCAGUGCUCGUUAUGUCAAUAAGAAUAAUCCUCCCUUUGA